AUGUAAAGCCUUUUGUUACCUGGAAGAUCUACAGCUAUGGACUUGUACCCUAGAGCACCCAGGAGCCCUAGAGUACCCAGAUCAGCCCAAUCUUGGGAUUUAAAUGCUGCUCCAUGCAGGAAGACAAAGCCUACAACUCUAAUGAGCCCCCACAGCGUAUUUUGGGGCCUCCCACCUUCUCCCAACUGCGAACGGUGCUUGGUCGCGAUGUAUAAAGAGAAAGGAUCCAGCCGACAAACGCCAGCAGUCAAUUCCCGACCAUUGUCGACAGCAGAACACGUCCGGCGGCGUGCAAACCAACCGACGCUCAACGUCCAUUCGUUUCACUCUCGAAUUUUGCUUAUUGUGUGAAUUUCUUUGAAGAGCGAUGGCAGUGGAAGUUGAAAGUUGGCAACGACAACAGCAACAAGAACUUCGCUGGGACCCCGUUGCCAAUUGUCCCGAUCGCAGUGAAAUGACGCAGGAAGUCGCAUACGGACACCUGAUGAUGGUGACGUCCACCGGAGCAGGUUCGCCUCAUCGCCAUCGGCUCUCGGUUUUUGGCCGUCUUUACCAGACAUCGGCCGGCCGGAUGCUCGUUCUUUGGCCCGACAAGAAUCACGUGCCUCCCAUCGGCUGUGUCACUCUCAAAGACACCUUUGUCACCAGCGAUGAGUCACGGUCGUCCAUCACCUUGCGAGGGCAGAACGAUGAUGACUUGCCCUUGACUCUGAUUUGUCCCAAUCCAGAAGAUUUUGAACGAUGGAAGCGAGCCCUGGCCGAUCGCUUGACGCGAAAUGGUACGUCGUCCAGCCUCGGAAGAAGAAAGAAGUUUAUUACGAACGUCGUUCGAUUGCCAAUGCUGAUUGAAGAAGAGAUGUAAAUUCGCGGACACAUUUUCGGACGAUCUCCUUGUUUUUUUUUUGUGUGUUUUUUGUUUUUUUUUUAUUCUAAAAACGCGAUGCGGUUCUCUUUCUCAAAACAGUUCCUGCUGAUCUAAUUAUAUUAUUGUAUUGAAUUGGCCUUGUAUAUUGCUUUCUUCGCAUUUCAAUACAAUCUAUUGUAGAAAGAUA